UGUACGCUGUAACGUUGGUAACAGUAAGCUGGGGGAUUGUUUAGUUUGAGGAUUACUACUUGGUGAAAUAACUAUGUAUUGUUGAGUAUUUUCUUUCAGUUGCCUGCUCAUCAAGCUGAAAACGUAUGUUUGAAUUCCGCCAGCGAUUAAUCUUUGCAUAAGUAGAAAAUAGAAAAAGCACGAUAGACAUUAACAAGUAAAACCGGGUUGUUUUCGGAAAAACAAGUAUGCCAUUGUUUUGAAAUACUGCAUAUGUAUGGUUCGAAUGCACAAGUGAGAUACAAAUAAGUAUCUCGUUUGAACUAAGAAACUUUCUCCAUAUACAUUUUUUCCAUAAUAAUGUUUGACUGGUAGGAAGUCCUCAUGAGCUGUUUUUUACCAGCUAGCUGAACCUUAUCAAAUCCUUUAUUCGAACCACUCCAUUAAUAUGUCCAAUUUCUUGCAUAAAGUUUUUAGUAAUUAUAGCAGUUCUGAUGGAUUUUACGUGGACAGAGAAGGCUGUAAAUUGUUAUUUAUCGAACUUUAUGGAAGGAAACCGAAUAAGGAAGAGAUGAAAUGUAUUUUAUCAUUUUUUGAAUCAAAUCCCGAUGGUGAGCCAAUCGGUCUAACAUUUUCUGGUUUUCUUUCUUCUAUCCAAAUGCUUCAGAAACAUUUUCAGAACAACAUUUCACAUACUGACAAACACAACAGAUUAUCAUUUGAUUGUCUAGAUCUAAAUUCAAAGGACUUUGUCAUGAUAAAUGAUUUACACAAAAUAUGGAGUAGAUACUUACCAUCUUUACCAUCUGGUCUACUGCGUACUAUUUUCAGAGAGUUUGACCAAGAUUGUGACGGUAGAGUUUCAUAUGAAGAUUAUCUACAUACUACAAAGUCGCCUGAAACCCGCAGUAUCAUUUGAAUGGCUACAGGCGGAGCUCUAGAAUGUACAUAUAUUAAUAUGUAAUCAGUCUACGAAAAGAAUGACUGAAAUGGAAUAUUUCGAUGACUUCAAAGAACUUAUCAUACAAUUGAUUCUGAUUGUAUUUCCUGCCUAUUCUGUAUAAAUAAACGUGUGUUUACAUUAUUCAAAUGUUUGCUUGUUUUCAUAAUUGUUUAGAUAAAACUAAUGAUAAAA